GCCUGUUUCCCUAUGGUUAUAACCGAGCCUGCCCUCCUCGGACAGCACCAUUUUAAAGGGGUUUACUGAGCGGACCUUCCCAAAGUCCGUUGGCUUUCUCUCUUUCUGGACCGUGUCUCGUCGAGGAGGCGGCGACGGCGGCGGCGGGGGGAGAGGAAGAGAAAAGAGAAGGAAGCGUCUCCUGCUUGAGCCAAUGCAGCCCUUCGGCUCCCCGGGAGGAGCGUCCCUGCCCCGAUGAGCCCCCGCACUGCGUCCCCGACCGUCCCCCGGCGGGAGUGGGGCACGGAGCCCAGCGCCGACGAUCGCUGCGACUUGGCCGGUGGGAGUAGGAUGUGGUGAAAGGAUGGGGCUUCUCCCUUUCGGGGCUCACAAUGGCCAGAGAAGAUUCCGUGAAGUGCCUGCGCUGCCUUCUCUACGCCCUCAAUCUGCUUUUUUGGUUAAUGUCCAUCAGUGUGCUGGCAGUUUCUGCUUGGAUGAGGGACUACCUCAAUAAUGUUCUGACGUUAACUGCAGAAACAAGGGUAGAGGAGGCUGUCAUCUUGACUUAUUUUCCUGUCGUUCACCCAGUCAUGAUUGCUGUUUGCUGCUUCCUUAUCAUCGUGGGGAUGUUAGGAUACUGUGGAACAGUGAAAAGAAAUCUGUUGCUUCUUGCAUGGUACUUUGGAAGUUUGCUCGUCAUUUUCUGUGUGGAACUGGCUUGUGGUGUUUGGACAUACGAGCAGGAAAUUAUGGUCCCGGUUCAGUGGUCAGACAUGGUCACUUUGAAAGCCAGAAUGACAAAUUAUGGCUUACCUAGAUACCGGUGGCUUACUCAUGCUUGGAAUUUUUUCCAGAGAGAGUUUAAGUGCUGUGGAGUGGUGUACUUCACUGACUGGCUGGAAAUGACAGAGAUGGACUGGCCCCCGGAUUCCUGUUGUGUUAGGGAAUUCCCAGGAUGUUCCAAACAGGCCCACCAGGAAGAUCUCAGUGACCUUUAUCAAGAGGGUUGUGGGAAGAAAAUGUAUUCCUUCUUGAGAGGAACCAAACAACUACAGGUGCUACGGUUUCUGGGUGUCUCCAUUGGCGUGACACAAAUCUUGGCCAUGAUUCUCACCAUUACUCUGCUCUGGGCUCUUUAUUAUGAUAGAAGGGAGCCUGGGACAGACCAGAUGAUGUCCCUGAAGAAUGACACGACUCAGCACCUGUCAUGUCACUCAGUGGAACUGUUGAAACCUAGCCUGUCGAGGAUCUUCGAACACACAUCGAUGGCAAACAGCUUCACUACACACUUUGAGAUGGAGGAAUUGUAGAGAAUGUCCAAGAAGGAAACCACAAAUUCAUUUUAUUGGACUUGUGAAUUUUUGAGCACACACUUAUCUGUUUCAGAAAUGUGUAGAAAUAAAAAUGUGGCCAUAAAGGAAUGACUAAGCAUAGAAUUUUCUACCCUUUAAAAUAAAGAGGGAAAAUUCCAUUUUAUAAGUCACCCCCUGGACAAUGGUUGAUGCUCUUUAUAAUGCUGAGGACAGAUCUAAUACCCACUUUAUAGCCUGUAUAAGAUUUUUACUGAACACAAUUAUGCUUUGAGGCUUAGGCUUUGGCAUAGUUUGACCAACAUUUCUGAAGCCAUGUAAACAAGUUAAGUUAUGAUGGUUUGGGGCUACAGUAAAGUUUUAUUUACUUC